AUGGCGGUGGCUGAGACACAACUCUAUGCAAAGGUGUCCAACAAGCACAGGACCAAAAGCACCUCUGUACUCCUCGAGUCUCUCCUCGCCAAAGGAUUCCCAGCUUAUAUCGCGCAAAAAGCCUUGGUUGCUACUGGACAAAAGACAAUAGAAGAUGCUGCAAAAUGGUUGCACUCCCACUGCAAUGAUCCCUCUUUGGAUGACCCAAUCCCUCAGGAGUAUGCUCUUUACUUGUGUCCCACCGGCCGGUUGCAUAACCACCUGCAAGAGUUUUGGAAGGAGAGCAAGCGCCAGUGUGGGAAAAACAGAGCCCAUGAGAUUUUUCCACACAUCACUCUCUGCGAUUUCUUCACGUGUGAAGACCAGAAAGUGGAAUUAUUGUAUGACACCUUAAAGCGAGUCUGUGAUAGCUUUUCACAGUGCUUUCCGCCAUCCAUCUCCCUAUCACUACAUUCAUCCACCACCUACCUUGGCUUCUUCAUUGGUGACAGCCAUGCAAAUAUCCUCAAAGAGUUUGCUCUGGCAUUCUCAUCAGAGGCUUCGGCCCUGGCAGAUUGCCAUGUGAAGCCCUGCCUAAAGCAGCUCCACCUUACCUUGGCUCACAAGUUUUAUCCUCACCAUUACAAGACUUUGGAACAAUUGGCCAAAUGCAUUAACCCAGGGGAGACCUGCCAGUGGGUAGCUGCUCUCUACUCACGGGACAUGCGUUUUGUGCAUUACCAGACGCUGAGGGCCCUCUUCCAGUACAAGCCCCAGAACAUCGACGAACUCAUGAUCAACGCCGGGGACUUCAUCUAUGUUGACCCGACGCAGCAGUCCGAUGUGAGCGAAGGCUGGGUGAUCGGGACCUCACAUCGGACUGGCUGCAGGGGUUUUCUUCCUGAAAACUACACUGAGAGGGCCAACGAGUCAGACACAUGGGUUAAGCACAGGGAAUAUGUUUUUGUAACAGCUUCAAGACCCUUCACCCAAACUGAAAAUGAACCUAAUGUAAAGCUGAAUGGAGAAGUCCAUAAUCCUAGUAUGUCAAGGAGCGUAACCAACGUACUUUCUCUUCAGAAUGCCACCCUGCGAAGAGGUGUGCUGGUGAUGCGCCACGGGGAAAGAGUUGAUCAGGUCUUUGGCAAAUCUUGGCUUCAACAGUGCUUCACUGCAGAUGGAAGAUACUACAGAGCCGAUCUGAACUUCCCUUCCACCCUGCCAAAGCGGAAAGACAGCAUGAAGCAUUUUGAGUACGAUCCUCCUUUAUCUUGCUGUGGUGUUUUCCAGUCAAGGCUUAUAGGGGAAGCUCUGCUGGACCAGGAGGUGAUAGUCAGCUACGUGUAUUCGUCACCUGCACUCCGUUGCGUACAGACAGCUCAACACAUACUGCAGGGGCUUAAAUUAGAUCAAAAAGUCAAAAUCAGGGUGGAACCAGGACUGUUUGAAUGGACCAAGUGGGAAGCAAGCAGAGUAAUUCCUAACUUCAUGACUGUGACAGAACUGGCAGAGGCCUGUUACAAAAUAGACACAAGUUACAGGGGUAACUUCCCACUCUCUUCUCUGGUUACAUCGGAAAGUUAUGAAGAAUACGUAAGCAGAAGCUCUGCGGUUAUAAAACAGAUCAUCACUGCCUGCCCCAGCAAAGGUAAAGGUGUCAUCCUCAUUGUGGGCCAUGGCUCUUCCUUGGCAUCUUUCACCCGACCUCUGAUAGGGCUCCCGCCCAGAGACAGCAGUGACUUUGCCCAGGUGGUACGAAAGAUCCCUUCACUGGGCAUGUGUUUCUGCGAAGAGCUAAAAGAGGAGAACAAAUGGCAGAUGGUCAACCCACCAGUGAAGACAUUAACUCAUGGAGCAAAUGCAGCGUUUAACUGGAGAAAUGGUAUCGUGGAAGAUUAA